AUCACAUACUCUCAAGAUGUUGAACAGAGGAGUAUUCAGAAACACAGCAAGAUUAUGCAACGCUAACAAAGACAAAUUCGUUGAAUCACUCAAAGCCGGCAGUGUGCUAGAAGAACCUACAUCUGGAAUAUCACCCCACGAGAAAGCCCAAGAUGCCAGAGAAGCCAAGGAUACCGAACAACCAGGACCUACACUAGCAGAUCUUGAAAAGCUCUCAGCGGAAGAUCUCGGUGGUGGUGAAAUAGGUGAAAGAGCAUUAGGAGAAAAGGGAGAGCACAAAAAGGAUUAGACUACGUCAUAAUGAACAUAAUUGUAUGCAUACAUAUCUAUAAGGCAUUUAGAAUUUGAAUACCUUGUCAGUACCGUAACCGAGUUCUGCAAGUGCGCCUUCGACUUCACCUUGUGAGCCGUCUUCUGCCUUUGUGCCGGAAACAGCUUUCAUUUGGCCAGGUGGACCACAGACAAGUAUUUUGACAUUGGAGUCCUUUGAUGGCGCAUAUUGAGCGAUCAAGUCCUUUGUAACGAAACCAGUAAGUCCUUUCCAGCUGUCAUCAGCUUGAUCUACGGUGUAUACCAUUGUGAAGCGAUCUUUGUAGUUCUUUUCAAACUCAUCGAACUCCUUCUUCAAGAGAAUGUCUGCUGGUGUUUUGUUGCCGUAGAUGAGUGUGAAUUUUGUCUUAUCUGACGUAUCUGGGAGAGAGUGCAAGAGUUGCUGGUAAAGUGCCUGAUCCACCACCGAUCAAUACGACAUGAUCCCAUUGAUUUGGAACGUAUUCGAUCUUUUGGAUCUGCUUUCCCAUUUCUACGGUAUCUCCAACUUGUAAUGAGUGUAAAUGUGGUGUCAUUUUACCACCUUCAUAUCUUUUGAUAGUGAAUUCAAUUUCACCCUUACGGGUGACCUCUGAAGUUGGUGUGUACGGGCGCAAGUAAGCUGAUUUGUUGCCUGGCUUGUGCCAUCUAAGCAUAGUGAUCGCAUUGACGUUUAAUCCACAGUAGGCGUCUUCUGACUGGAGUGCAAAAGUGAAUCUCUUAACGUCAUGGUUCACCUGCUCUGUUCUGAUUAACCUGUGAGGAGCGAAUCCAUCAGAUUUGAUACCAGUAGUCGGUUCAGGGGAUCUAUAAACCAUUCUGAGUAUUCUUGUGAACUUAAUCUUGGUGGUAAGUUAUCAGAACAGUCACGGCAACGCAGUCACAAUUUCUCGAGAGAUAAAUAGUACUGAUUUGAUGGUAGGAUACAUGCUAUAUUCUACAUUCAAAAUCUACCUGCAUCUCUUACUUCAACUCAAAAAUUUCACUAUAGC